AUGAAUUCUUUGGUAGAGUUGAAUUUGAAGGAACGAUAUGAUAACCCUAAACAUUUGGCUGAAAUUCAUGUUGCACGUUUCCUAAACCUUUUGUUGGUGUCAGAGGAGUCAACGCAAUCAUUGUUGUAUAUUGCAGAUGUGGUUAGCGGUUCGCUGCGUGCGUUAGCUGUUAUGAAUUUGCCAGUUCAAGAGUGGGAUGCAUUAACGGGGCCUAUUGUGGUAUCAAAACUCCCUCUUACAACAAAGCGUGAAUGGUGCAUGCACUGCUCCCCAACGGAAUUGUCAAGCUUAUCGGAGCUACUCAAGUUCUUGGAGAAAAGGGCUCAAAGUUUGUCAAGGGAGCUUGUUGAAGUCGUCAGUGGUACCGACACAUCCAGUCGUCAACAUCAGCGUGUAUCAACGGCGCGCACAGUCAAAUGCAACCAUUCAAUGGAAGAAGCAAAAUUCCAAUAUUGUCAAAAUCUUCAUAAGGACACGCGUUGUCCAACGUUAUUGGACUUACCACCAGAGAAACGUUUCGAUGCCCUCAAGAAAGCAGGCCUAUGCUUUCAUUGCUUGAGGUCAGGGCAUAUGUCUAAACAGUGUCCAUCUGGAGGAUGCCGUCAAUGUGGCCGCAGACAUAAUACCAUUUUUUGUCGAGAGCCACGAAGGUCUGCUCCUCCUCUCACCACAACGAGAGUGGAAACUACAACUACUAAACCUCAGCCUGGUCUAUCUUUAAUGCCGGCUCAAGCUACGUUAUGA